AUGCGUAUUUCCUCGCUUAACAAUGAGAUUCCGGCGCUGAAAUCUGAUCACGACGAAGAUCGGCUUGUGAGAUACAGCAGUCAGUUGAUCUCACGUCACCACACUAUGCUUCGACAAUUCGCUACCGCUGCCACUACUUUGCUGCUAUGUCUAUUACCACCUUUCUGUGGUUCAUUUCCAAUGUGCACCGAUGGUCAAACACCUUUGAUGGAGGUAAAUGACGCAUUCCCGUGUUCUCGAGGAUGUCCGAAAGGAUUCUUCUGCGAGUAUCAGGACUCUCGCCAAAAUCCAGUGCUGGGCAUUUGUUGCGCUAACCGUACUGAACUACAACUGCUUUACGGCUCAAACGACAAACAAGUUGAUCCGAUCUGGAAAGGCGAGAAUUCUGCAGAACACAAAUCGCCUGCUCAGGCUGUGGAAGCUUUUUCAUUGACGCAAGCACCAGGAACCCUAUUCGUACAUACAAGAACAAUUGACGACAACGAGUCCAAUGAGGCUCUAGCCCGAAAUCAGCAUAGAGUGAAAAAGAGCGAUAACUCAAUCCAUAUUACAGUGACUGACAACGUGCCAGCUGCCGAUGAUCCUUUGGCAGAUGAGGUGAUUGUGGACUCUGACAAGAGCUUGGGACCCUCAAUUGAAUCUAGACUGAUUGAGGAGUUUUUCCCGAGGGACGAUGAUGGAUUGUAUGCGGAGGUUUUAGCUUUCAAUGCUAGCGAGAUCUUUUUGAAUGGGGAGGAUGACAACUCUACAUCGUCAGAAAUUGCAAAAUUUUUGAAUGGGGAGGAUUCGAACUCUACAUCGCCAGAACUUGCAAAGGCAAACAGCACAUCAGUUGUUACUAUCAAAGCUCUAUCUGCAGGAAAGAAACAACAUGCCAAGAAAUCGAAUCUCAAGAAUUCUGAAGAGGAAGUAGUCGUACUCAGCUCUGAAGCGAAAGACUCAAAAGAAGAGAACAGAAACUGGGAAAAAGACGAUUCAGAGGAAAAACUGACAGCUCCCAAAGGGGUAUUCCAAGUUUUGUCAAAGAAAGACGACUUGUCCAAGGAUAUCACAAGCUCAGAGCUUGCUAAUUCUGCAGAUAAGAGCAGUGAUCAAGGAACUAUCAACGUCAACAUCAAGAAUGUCGACGAAAAGGAAGAGCAACCUGCACCGGGCGGUGAUCAUCCAAAAGACGAAAAAGAAAGUGAAGAAGGUGAAGAUAAACGACAAUAUUCAAAGGGCGAAAAAGGAAGUGAAGAAGGCGAAGAUAAACGACAAUAUUCGUGUGAACGACAAAACUAUGAGCUCACUUGCAACGGGACUGAAACGACCACCCAGCCGAAAAUCCGCUGGUUUUUGAAUGACAACGGUGAAUGCGAGCACUACCCAUGGGGUUACUGUCCAGGCGAUCGUGUAGUGAACUCUACCACAAUUCGAACCAAGGAAGAAUGUCUUCGUGAAUGUCUUGGUUACACAGCAGAACAGAUUGAAAAUGUUAAGGAUGCCAAGCUAAAGGAUGAUAUACCGAAUCCUACGGAAAUCCCGUUUCAAGAGGAACCUCUCGAACAGUUACACGAUCUUGGCGAUAAAGUCGUAAGCGAAAAAUCGCCUGUAACAAAUCCGCCUGUGACCGCAGAAACGCCAACAUGCGAAACUUCCACUGUGGAACAAAGAGACGAAGAAAACAGCGGCAUCCACGGUAAGGAGGAGAAUGGACGCAUUGAUGAGAAAAAUUCGACGACUGGAAGUCUGGGUAAUGCAACACUCGAUCAGAACGAUAAAGCAGGAGGCAAGCUAGAAUAUGAGGAACUAGCUCUUUGCACUGCUACCUCCUACAGAUAUGUUUGCAAGAGCGGUCUUCGAACACAAUUCGUCUACAGAUGGAGUAAGGUAGACGGAAAAUGCUUAUCGUUCCCUUAUGGCUACUGCGUAUACGAGUUCAAUCAUCCUCAUCCGCGUACACGUGAAGAGUGCGAGAAAUACUGCUAG